AUGAAUCUUUAUAAAGUAGCCUGUACAAAUAUCUCACCAUCCAAAAUAGGUAUACAGAAGCCCAAUGAAGCAUCUUUAAAGCUUAAGAGGCAAAGUAUGGUUCCUAAACUUAGCUCUCCAGUAAGACGCUGGCUUGAGGGAUUAAGCAAACAACCUGAACAGAUGCUACUGGAGAAGUUUUUGCUCAUGCAUGGACUGUCGAUACAGCAAAUCGCCAAAGCUGCAUCAGGAAUGAGAUACAGAAACCUUGGAAAAUCCGGACUACGAGUUUCAUGUUUGGGGCUAGGGACAUGGGUCACAUUUGGAGGUCAGAUUUCAGAUGAGGUUGCUGAGCAGCUAAUGACUAUUGCAUACGAGAGCGGAGUGAAUCUGUUUGACACAGCUGAGGUGUAUGCUGCUGGCAAAGCAGAAGUCAUUUUGGGAAACAUCAUAAAAAAGAAAUGCUGGAGGAGGUCAAGUCUGGUCAUUACAACAAAACUCUACUGGGGGGGAAAAGCUGAAACAGAAAGAGGACUUUCAAGAAAACACAUUAUUGAAGGAUUAAAAGCUUGCCUCCAGAGACUGCAGCUUGAAUAUGUGGAUGUAGUCUUUGCAAAUCGGCCAGACAAUAAUACUCCGAUGGAAGAAAUUGUCCGGGCAAUGACACAUGUGAUAAACCAGGGCAUGGCAAUGUACUGGGGAACUUCCCGCUGGAGUGCCAUGGAGAUUAUGGAAGCUUAUUCGGUAGCAAGACAGUUUAAUAUGAUUCCACCCGUGUGUGAACAAGCGGAAUACCACCUGUUCCAAAGAGAAAAAGUGGAGGUCCAGUUGCCGGAAUUAUACCACAAGAUAGGAGUUGGAGCGAUGACAUGGUCUCCGCUUGCUUGUGGGAUCAUCUCAGGGAAAUAUGCCAACGGGAUUCCUGAAAGCUCAAGGGCUUCACUAAAGUGCUAUCAGUGGCUAAAGGAGAAGAUUGUGAGUGAAGACGGAAGGAAACAGCAAACAAAGCUGAAAGAUCUCUUCCCGAUUGCUGAACGUCUCGGAUGCACACUACCUCAGCUAGCAGUUGCCUGGUGUCUACGUAAUGAGGGCGUGAGUUCAGUUCUCCUAGGAUCUUCCAACCCCGAGCAACUAAUAGAGAAUCUCGGUGCCAUACAGGUUCUUCCGAAGAUGACAGCCCACAUUGUGAAUGAAAUUGACAACAUUUUGGGGAACAAACCUUUCAGCAAGAAGGACUACCGAUCCUAA